AAUAUUAUAAAAUAUUUCUUUAACUUCGAAGCUAACGUUAAUACAGUCGGUAAUAUUACAUCCCCUGUUUUACUGGUCGACAGUAAUUGUGUUAUUUACAUUUAUCAUAUAUCGGAAAUAAUAUCGAUUUUCUUAUCUCUUUACAAGGAUAUUCGCUGCAGAUUGGAAAUUCAUGAUUUCGUUAGGAGAUUGUUUAUUUCAACAUUAUAUUCGUGCCAAACUGAAUAAAGUUUGAAUAAAUUCGAUGAAAUUAUAACCCAUGUAAUUUCGAUAAUUUGGCUAUUUCUAAAUUAAUUGUCAAGAUGAACAGUACACAGCAAUAUAUGAAACACUCAAUGAAAAAACUUUACGAUCAGGAAUAUGAUUACGAAACGUGGGAGUACGAGGAAGAGGCUAUUGAAAUAUUCGAGGAAUAUGAGUAUUCCGAUGUUUCCAGCGAUGAUACCGAUAUUUUAGAUGAUUACGAUGAACGAGAUAAAUUGAGAACUGAAGAUGAAAAAAUGAAGAAGAAGAAGAAGAAGAAGCGUUUAUCAAAAUUACUCGGUGUAACUUAAAUUUGAUCGAUCGAGAAAAGUACGUCGAUGUUUCGGUGGAAACUUUGAUUACUCCUGAAGAAGUGGACGAUGCUUUGAAAAGUUUACCCAGCGAAUCUUCGAUUCAUCUUUGCUUGAAAGGGAUCGAUAUCAGUGAUUCGCAAAUGAUAUUAUCGAAUCUGCAUACUGUCUUUUCCAUCCCACAUGAUCCUGGUACAGGACCGGCAUUAUGGACUGUCGAUACUCAAGAUAUUUUUAAGGAAAAUGGCAUAUAUAAAUUUGACGAGCAUGUAAAGAGGAAAGGUUUAAAAGUGAUACAUACGAUCAACGAUAUGUUGCAUACGGAUUGUAUCAAUUUACGAUAUUACGGCAUCGAUCCACGUAUCAUCGAAAUAAUUUGUCAUGUUCUAAAAAAUAACGAUUCCGUUCAUACGAUAGAUCUUACGGACAAUUGGUUGACUAAAAGUGCUUGUUAUUAUUUGGGUGAAUUGAUGCAAAAAAGUACCAUGAUAAUCAGUUUAAUUUUGUCUAAGUGUCGAAUUGGUCCUGAGGGUACGAAAGAACUUUGCAAUGGUAUAUCGAUUACAUCGUCCUUGAUCACUCUCAAUCUUAAUUCUUGCAACAUCGAGGACAAAGGAUUAGAAGUAUUGGCAUUCGCUAUAGAAAAUAAUGAAAGCUUGGAGGAACUUUUUUUAGCGAAUAACAAUUUAAACAAAACUUGUACCGAACAUCUUUGUUAUCUCAUAAUGAAUUCUAGAUCGAUUAAGUGGUUGGAUUUAUCUUGGAAUUCGUUGUUCGAUGAGCAUACUUGGAAAGCUUUGACCAGUGUAUUAACGAAAAAUCGUACAUUGAUUGGUUUAAAUUUAUCGUGGAACGGGAUCGGUACAGAAUGCGUUAAAUAUUUAACAAUUGUUUUGAGAAUUUCGCAUCUAAAAAUAUUGGAUCUAAGUAAUAACAUGUUCACGAAAUUUGACGCUGCAAACAUUUCGAAAUCUCUAUCAAGAAAUAGCAUAUUACAAGAAUUAUACCUAGGAAACAAUCCUUUAGAAGCGGAAGGUGCUUUUAUCUUGAUUUCAUCGAUUGAUCCGAAAAAUUCGCCAGAAAGUGGUCUACGCCUUUUAAAUUUAGAAAAUGUCUGGGCAGACAAAACUAUUCUACCGGAAUUAGAAAUAAUAGAAAAUGAAAGGCCAUGGUUACAAAUCGUAUUAGGUGGUAUUUUAAGUAAUUACAUAUUAAUAGGACCAAAUGUUAUGAAAAUUUUAUUAAGAAGAGCUAACUAUGAAGCAAUGGCACAAAAAAAAAAGAAACUUAGAAGAAACUUUGGACAUUUUGUAUUAUCUUUAAGUGAUAAACCAAUAAGUCGAGGGCAAUUUAGAAGAUUAAUGAGCGAAUUUAAAUUGAAAUUAUCUAAAUCACUUAUUAAAGAAAUUAUAAUGGCUUUCCUUGGACCAAAAAAAACUGUUGAUCAAGGACUUCUAAAAGCUGUCUAUUUAGAAGAAUUUCCAGAUACAAAACCUCCUCCAGUCAAGCCAUCAAAAGCGCGCAAAGAAAAGGAAGAAGACUUAGUCAAAAUAGAAGAACCUGAAAAGCCAGAAGUAAAACGAGAAUAUAAAGAAGAAGUUAAGGUCAGUUUACAAAAUUAAGAAUCUGCAUAAUCAUUAUAAAUUAUUAU